CAACCUGCCAUUGCCGUUCCAGGUUGUUUAGAUCACCAUUCACUGCCCCUGUCGCCAUCCCUCGCAGACCGCCGCCACAUUCUAGUCGUGAAAUUACCAUCCCCAUCAAAGCCAACAAUCAUGGUACGUGGCCGCCUCUCAUUCCCUUGCUGUCAAUUAUAUGCAUCAUUAUCCCCGUGGUGGCGGGUGAGGAAUUGUCCGAAUGGCUUCAGGAUCUAGACAUCCUGCGUGGCAUCCCUGUUUGUUGAUUGUUGUCAUCCUCGGGGGUACCGUGUGCGGUUGGGUCCAUUGAAUCCCGACCCCUCUCGUCUGCCGUCCAAUCCCUCGUUUCCAUGGUUCACUAGUACUCGCUGCUUGUUCGUCAUCGGCCCUCCAUUCCCGUCCUCGUGUCAUUCUCAUCUUCUCUUCAUUCUCCUCUCUCGACUUGAAUUUCUGUACCUCUGCCCAUUUUCAAGAUGUCUCGCUCACCUGAAUAUCACCACGACCAGGCCUCGACCAACUACAAGGAAGCGUUCUCGCUCUUCGAUAAGCGCGGUACCGGAAAGGUCGCGAUCGAGUCGCUGGGCGAUCUCCUGCGGGCAUGUGGUCAGAAUCCCACUUUGGCGGAGAUCGCGGACCUUGAGAAGAGUAUCGGUGGAGAUUUUGACUUCGAGUCCUUUUUGAAGGUCCUCAACCGCCCCGGAGGCUUUCGUGACCCCGGAGAGCCCGACGAAUACUGCCGCGGCUUCCAGGUGUUCGACAAGGAUUUGACCGGGUUUAUCGGAGUGGGACAACUUCGUUACAUCUUGACGAAUCUGGGAGAGAAGAUGUCGGAUGAGGAGGUUGACGAGCUUCUCAAGGCCGUUGAUACCAGCUCUGGCGAGAUCAACUACACCGACCUCGUCCGCACCAUUCUGGCCAACUAAACGACACACGAUACCCUCCUGACGUUCCUGAUGAUUUCUGUUAUGACGCGAUCCUCCUACCCCCGUCCCGGAGUUGUUUGCUUGAGCAUAGUUUAGUUAUAGUGCAUUGUAUAUGGGUUACUGCUCGAUUCAGCCUCGGUUAAACAUAAAUGGUACACGGUCAUGGCACAUGGUGUAACGAGAUAAAGUGUACACGCGCGCUUUCUUCGCAGCCCAAGUAAACCCAUAUAUCAACUAACAAACAAACCAAUCAAUUCCCCU